AUGCCUCCCCGUCUUACAUCUUCCCUGCGCUUCCCUGUUCUUCGCCGCCUGUAUUCCACAGCCGCAGAUUCAGCCCCCCUCGUCCGUGUCACGAACCUUUCUGCCCCCGGCUCGGGUCACAUUCGCGUCCUCGAGCUCAAUCGUCCUUCUGCUCGCAAUGCUCUCUCCCGCGGGCUCGUAGCUGCGCUUCGCGCCGAGGUUGAUGAAGUCCACAAACAAUAUACGCCUGAGGGCAAUGAGACGAAGCACGCUACAGCAACAAGUAACGGACCGACGAGGGCCUUGGUUCUUGCCAGUGCUGUAGACUUGUCCUUUUGCGCCGGCGCAGAUCUGAAGGAGCGCAAGACCUUCAGCCAGAAGGAAACCGCCGAAUUCCUGUCGAACGUCCGGAGCACCUUCAACGCCAUCUCUGCCCUGCCUAUACCCUCUAUCUGCGCUAUCUCCUCAAUCGCCCUCGGGGGCGGCCUUGAACUUGCUCUUACAACAGACUUCCGCGUUCUCUCAUCUAAUGCUGUAGUUGGUCUCCCUGAAACUCGCUUGGGCAUUAUCCCUGGCGGCGGCGGCUGCCAUCGUCUCCCUCCCCUGAUUGGCCCUUCCCGCGCUCGUGAUGUUAUCCUUACUGGCCGCCGCGUUGCUGCCCCAGAGGCGUACUUCCUUGGCAUUGCGAAUAGGCUUGUUGAGGUACAGCAACCAGAAGAGGUGCCUGAGGGUGGCGAGAAGGAGGAUGUGCUGUCCUUGGCGAGGAAGGCGGCGUUGGGUGAGGCUGCGGCACUACAAGCAAAGCAGCUGUGUCAAUCAUCAGUAUAG